CUGCAAUAGUAGUAUAUGCUAGUUUUCAUAUGCAAGUUUGUGUCCACUUUAAGAUAUUUCUGCGCCUGGUUUGUCGCGACGGGUAGCCUCCCACGAUAGCCUACAACAGUCGACGCCUCCUAUUGUCCCAGAGGAUACCCUAGCAGCCGGUGUCCGGAGUCAAUACCGGGCUGGCUCAUUUUGGCGUGGCGCAGUAUAAGCGCGCUCCAUGUCCCUAACACAAGGAGAGCUGAGCGGUGCGCAGCCCACCCAAGGUUUCUCGGCCUGUGAGCAUAGCUUGACCCAUAUCACACACGGCGCCGGAGCCAGCGUUCACCAAAUCCAGAACCAGCAGCUAGGUCACUACCCUACCCUUCAAGAGCGCUUGGACGAAAGCGCAGCACCAAGCACUGGAGCCGCCGUCGGUAUUCACCAACAACUACCGGGCUCCGGCCUAGACAGCAGUUCAGCUCAGCCCCUCCGCGGCAGCAACUUCUUCAAACCGCCUCUGGGCGGACCUUCGGCCACCGUCGGGGAAUCUCAGCAGCAAGGGGCGGCUUCCCCACAAGACUUCCUCUUUCCGCCCCGCGUGUACGACAACUCUCUCAUGCUGAAGGAGCAGGGCGGCGGCGGUUUCGGAGGCGCGGGAGACCACGAGGAAAACGUGGUGGAUGACCAGGAUGACGGCCGGGAUGGCGAUUUUGACGACAUGGGCGAUGGCAACAGCCAGGGCAGCGGCAAGCGUUCUAGAGUGAGGCGGCCGCACCUGCAGGGUCGCUUCAGCGGGCGGCUGACCACCAAGGAGGACGAGCGGCGGCUGGCGGAGGAGUGCAAGCUGCUGGGGCCGCUGCUGGGCGGAGUGGGCAAGCGCGGAGACAAGAGCCGGCUCACGCUGGCCAAGAUUGUGCGCGGCAUCGCCACGGGGGAUGUACGGCGAUUCUGCGAGGAGCGGGAGCGCGCCAUUGCGAUGCUGAAGGCAAAGCUCGCCGCCAUAGACCCCGAGGCCGCCGCCAGCGUGCCAGUCAACGCCAUCCCGCUGCCCUCCGCCGCCCUGGGGGGCCCCCUGGGCGCACUGGGGGGCUCCAUGGGCGGUAUGGGACUGGGGCUGGGCGGCCCGGGCGGCGGCAGCAUGGGCGGGCACAGCCAGCCGUACGGCGGGUACGUCUCCCACUCCCACUCGCACCAUGCUACGCAACAGCAGCAGCAGCAGCUGGAGGCUCUGCAGCGGGAGAAUGUUGAGCUGCAGGGUGAGGCGGUGAACCUGCGGAUGGAGCUGCAGGCGAGGGAGCGGCUGCUGCUGGAGCUGCAGGAUACGGGUAUCAUCAGCGGUUUCGUGCCCACCUCAAUCCCCCUGGACAACCCCUCCCGCGGCGCCAUGGGAGGCGGUGGCGGUGGCGGUGGCGCCCGCUCCCACAGCACCGACCUGGCCCCGCCAGCGCCGUACGGCCUGCCGCCACGUCACCCCUCGUACGGCACCCAGCAGCAGCCGCCGCAGCAGCCCAUGGCGUCGUACGGUGGCCCUUCCCAGAUGAGCGUCCCUCAGAGCAGCGCCCACAUGAGUGGCAGCAUGGAGCCCGGCCCCAUGGGGGGAGGCGCCGCCCUGGGCGGGCUGGGACACCAGCAGCAGCAGCAGCAACUGGGUCAGCAGCAGCACCACCACCAGCAGCAACAGCCGCAUGGUGGCAUGCCGCUGGGAGGCGGUAGUGGUUCCGGCAUCCACCUGGGGAGUGAGGCGGGAGGCGGAGGGCUGGUGGUUGGAGCGGCGGCCAUGCCGGCAAUGUCGGAGCACUCGCGGGCAGGGCGGCCCAUGAAGCGCCAGGCUCUACCAGCUGACCUGGAUGGCGGCCUGGGCGGUGCUGUUGGUGGCGGCGGCGGUGGGUACUGCGAGGUGCAGCGGUCGCUGUCGCACCCGCAGCUGGGAGGAGGGCGCGGCGGGGGUGGUGGCGGCUACGGCCACAUUGACCUGCAGCAGCAGCUGAACAGCCUGCAGGCGCAGGUUGAGCAUUUGCAGCAUCUUUCGCAAAACGGCGCAAGGGCCGCUGUGGGCUUUGCGAUGCCCCCUCGCGAGCGCGGAGGGCCCCCUCUCCGCAUGCCUGGGGGCCCUGCCGGGGCGGGAGCCGCUGGCGGCAUGGGCUCCCUGGCACAAUACGCCGCCAUCCCCGCAUCGCCCUUUGUGAGCUCCAAUCCGGGACCGCAGGGCGGGCUGGUGAUGCUGCCGGGAGGCCACUCGGCGGCGGAGGGCGGCGCACCCGGAUACGCAUCCGCACACCACCCGCACCACCCUCACACGGUGCUGAGCGCACCGCUGCACAUGCAGAUGGUGAAGCCCAGCAUGUACGACGAUGUGCCGGGCGGCCAGUUGGGCCCUGUGGGCGGCCGAGACAUGCGAGACACCCUCCCUGGCGUCGGCAACGGUGGCUCACUGCGCCACACGGCAGCUGCCGCCGGCGCCGGCCACGAACCUGAUGUGGGUUACGGCGCUGGCGGCGGCGGCGGACUGGAAUCCACGCUUGAACACAUCUUCAACUCCCGCAAUGCUGCCAUGCGGGGGGAGUACGACCUGCCGUUGGAGCUGAUCCUGCCGCAGGAGGGCGGCAAGGGCGGCGCAGGAGGGGGCGGAUCUGGAGGUCUGCAUUGAGCGUGACGUGUCUCUGGUUCACUGAGCCGCGUAACAAUGGCGGUGAGGCGCGUGUGGGGGUGUGUUUCGGGGCAUGGGAGGUGGUGUCGGUGGAGUGAUGGUGGUACAUGGGGGCGGUGGUGAAUGGUUUUAGACGCAGUGAAAUAUGUAAGGGGGUUUCAGGAGCUGGGUAGUUCGGUUCAACGCAUGAGGUGAACAAGGGUAAAGUCUUCCGAUGGAGCGGAGCAGUGUGAGAAAUAAACUGGCCACAUAACGGGGCGGUGUUUGGGUGCGGAGUGAUGCUGCUGGUAGUAGGAGUGACUGAGGGGUUGGAAAGGGGCCGACAGGGCCUUAGCGCCGGUGUGUUUUGGGGCGAACGAUGGUGCCUAUUGCGGAAGAGUGGAUUUGAAAAAUGAUGGAUGGACUGAAGCGCUUCGUGCGGUUGUUCAGCGGUCUGCUCCAUUGCAUUCCUGCAAGAGUUCUAUAGUCCUGUAGUAGGCUUUUGGCGCUCUGAAACAUGCACACCCUCCGGCGCUUAGCGGUUUCAAGAGUGGUCUGGCGUGCGUAACCUUGCUUCCUGAAGAGGCUGUACUGUCGCUUGGCAACCCGCCACGCUUGGGCACCGUCCACGGCUACGUUGGCGUUCAUGAGACACAUCCUGGUAAGCUCUCAUCCUCUAAAGGAUCCUCUUAAGGUGUUUUACGGUAAAAGGGAGACGGAAUGACGCUGCCAUCAUGUCCUCGUGAGACAUUGUGGGCUCGUGAUGCUUCAAGAUGUAGUAUAUUUUUUGCGUUUUCUGAAAUUGUCUUUUAGACCGAACUUACUUCCUAUCGAACUUGGCCUGCGUUGCUGUCAGCGCAGCCUCUCGUAUCCCUCAAGGGCACUGUCCGACAUGUUGUGGGGGCUCUCGCAUGCGACACACGGGUGCCCAGGAGGUGGGGCCGUGUGCAGCAGGCGACACGCCACGUAAACUAUCAAUCCGAGUGUCAAUCGAAGGCAAACAAGGCGUCCUGUGUAACACCUUCCUUCGUCUAA